AUGAGGAAAGUCAUCACUGUGGAUGCAACUUUCCUGAAGACUAUUGAAUGUGGUUGUUUAAUUAUUGCCACGGCUCAGGAUCCAAACCUUCACCAUUAUCCAAUAGCCUUUGUUGUGGUUGAUGGGGAGAAAAACAAAAGCUGGAAGUGGUUUUUCACGACGCUGAAAACUGUUAUACCGGAUUCGACGGAAUUGGUGUUUGUUUCAGACAGAAAUCCAAGUCUGAUAAAAGCUGUUGCUGAAGUGUAUCCGAUGUCUAAACAUGGGUAUUGUAUCUGGCAUAUAUCGCACAAUGUGAAAGGUCAUGUCAAUCAUGGCAGGGACGAGGUUGCACUACUAUUCCGAAAGGUUGCAUGUCUUUAUUCAGAGCCUGAGUUUAAAAAGCAGUAUGACGAUUUUAGGGAGAGGUAUCCAUCGUGUGCUAGGUAUCUUGAUAAAAGUGUCGAAGUCGAACGGUGGGCGAAGUGUCAUUUCCCCGGUGCUAGGUACAACAUAGACACCUCUAAUUGUGCGGAGUCUUUGAAUGCGGUAUUUGAAAAGGCGCGAAGGAUGUCUUUAUUGCCUAUGCUUGAUACAGUUAUUGAGAAAAUGUCUGAGUGGUUCAACAGACAUAGGAAGGAUGCAGCAGAAGGACCGUCAUCUCGAAAAUUGCUUGAAUACAGUGUUAUUGGAGCAGACGGGAAGACUUAUUCCGUGGAUUUGCAACAUAAAACGUGCAGUUGCAAGAAGUUUGAUAUAGAUAAAUACCCAUGUAGACAUGCAAUAGGCGCUAUCAUUAAGUGUUUGAAGCAUGAUAGACCAUUACAGUUGAGUGACAUGUACGAUUUCAUUUCGAAAUAUUACUUCAUUACACUGUGGGCCAAAGCGUAUCGAAGGACUAUAUAUCCAGUCUCUCAUAUAACUCAUUGGAUGGUUCCAAAAGAAGUCGCGGCGGCGAAGUGUCCUCUACCUCUAGACUACAAGAAAAGAAAGGGAAGACAUCAGGAAAAAAGACAUCCUUCGGCGGGAGAAAGUCGGCCCCGUCCCCGUCCUAAUAAGUAUAUCCCGAAUAGGGGUCUGGCUAGCUAUUUCAACUGCUCGCAGGGAACUGAAGGAACUGAAGGAGCUGAAGGAACUGAAGGAGCUGAAGGAGCUGAAGGAGCUGAAGGAACUGAAGGAACAGAAGGAACUGAAGGACCUGAAGGGACUCAAGGAACACAAAGCACUCGAGGAACUGAAGGACCUGAAGGAACAGAAGGAACUGAAGUGUUAUAUGAAUGUGAACCUUAG